CUUCGCCGAACUGUUCGCCUACGGUUCUGGCGAUCAUCAAGUUACAGAAAAACCUACACACAUGGCUAUGCAGGACCGUAUUCUGGAAGUCUCAUUAGUCACUCACAAUCUCAUUCCCACCGACGGACGAGAGUCGGCAGUCGCCAGGAAAUCUCCUGGCGGCUCUAGACCGUCGACAGGGCCUGGAAUCCGCGAACUAUAAAGUGACACAACAACCCUCUCAUGAGCCUUCUCCCAGAGUUCGAUCCAGAAGGUACUUCGUUCCCAGGACGACGACUCAGACCCGGUUCCUCGCGGAAAUCCAACACGCCAUCGGCUAUGAGACAUGGAUGCUACAAGCACCAUGACCCCGAAUACCACGGACACCAUGCGAUCCCUCGACGCUAACACGGGCCCGAUCGACAAGAAGCCGAUGGACAAGACGAGUCUAGGAACUCAAAUAUUAGAAACGCAGACCGUCCAAGGUGCCCUUGAUGCACAGACGGCUGAGCAUACCCUGUCGCUACGCACGGCGUUCCAACGAUAUCCCAUGGCCAUCGCCUGGUCGCUAUCUCUCUCUACAGCCGUCAUCAUGGAGGGGUACGACACGGAUCUCAUCUACUCCUUCUUCGGUUUGCCUGCCUUUGCGCAAAAGUACGGCCGCCUCCAGCCUAACGGUACGUAUUCGCUUACGGCUCCGUGGCAAAGUGCCUUGGGCCAGGGGACCAUGAUAGGCCAGUUCUUCGGUCUGAUCGUCACGGGCUACGCGACUGAUCGCUUUGGCUUCAAAAAGACCACCGCCGCCGCCUGCUUCUUCAACGCUGCCUUUGUCUUUAUCCUUUUUUUCGCCCCCAGCAUUGGAGCCUUGUUGGUUGGCGAGAUUCUCCUCGGGUUACCCCUCGGAGUCUUUCUAACCUUGACAACCGUGUACGCGGCGGAGAUCACCCCGCUAGCCCUCCGGCCGUACCUGGAGACGUACGUCAACAUUUGUUGGAGCAUCGGCAAGUUCUUGGCCAGCGGCGUCCUACGCGCUUACACCAACGACACAACACAGUGGGCGUAUCGCGUGCCGUGGGCGGUUCAAUGGAUCUGGCCGCCGCUAAUCAUGGUCGCCGCUGCCUUUGCUCCUGAGUCGCCCUGGUGGCUGGUGCGCAAGGACAGGCUGGAGGACGCCCGUCGGUCUCUCCAGAGACUCUCGCGCGGGCUGGAUGCGCAGCAGAUCGACAACACGCUCAGCGAGAUGGUGCUGACCAACCAACACGAGAUGGCUCUCGAGCAAGGCACGAGCUAUUGGGACUGCUUCCGCGGCACCAACCUCCGCCGCACCGAAAUCUCAUGCAUGGCCCAGGCGAUGCAGCCGCUGGUGGGAUUCUCGCUGGUUCUGUACACGACGUCGUUCUUCCAGGCGCAGGGUCUUGGUGCUGACGAAGCGUUCGACCUCAGUCUGGGCCAGAACGCCGUCGGCAUGGGCGCGGGUAUCCUCAUCUGGUUUGUGUUCCCACGGGUGGGCCGACGCACCAUCUACCUCUGGGGUCUUGGGGCAUGUUUCGUGCUGGAGAUGAUCAUCGGCGGUCUGGGAGUCCCUACGUACACGCGGGCGACCUCGUGGACGACGGGUGCACUCAUCAUCACCUUCUACUUUGUCUACUCGCUUUCGGUCGGGCCCAUGUCGUACAUUCUGGGGUUCGACGUGCCUUCAACGCGGCUUCGCAGCAAGACCGCCGUCAUCGGCCGUAACGCCUAUCAUAUUGCCUCGGUCUUCAACAACACUCUGACCACUUACAUGAUCAGUGCGACGGCGUGGAAUUGGCUGGGCAAGACAGCCUUCUUCUGGGCCGGCUCGACGGUCUUUCUCUGGAUCUGGACCUUUUUCCGGCUUCCCGAGGUCAAGGACCGCACGUUUGCCGAGCUCGACUUUUUGUUUGAAAACCGAAUUCCCGCCCGACAAUUCCAAAAGACCAGAGUCCAAGUCUUUGGCGAAGAUGAAGGCAAGGAGGGCAAGGUGUAGAUCAAGCAUGGGAAUUUGUGACCAAGCAUAGACUGAGCGGUCUCUGUUGCGUACCGUGGGGGCAUCUGAAAAUGCAGGGCGGUCUUGUCAAAUCAGUACAAGAGCACAAUUGGAAGGGGUCACAGCAUCGUCUUGCAACGAUACUCGGCUCGCGACUUAUUCAUACAACGAUUGGACAAAUUCCUCCAAUCCCUUUUGGUGAAAUAUCACGACAUAGUGUCAAGUAUCUAACGGAGAUUCAUUGUCCUCGUUUGCUGAGUCCGAUGAAUCCAUCUUUUGGUCUAUCUAGGGAGUGAAGCGAGUCAGUAUAAUGGACUCAAUAAUGCGACAACAGUCAAUUGUUGCGUUCAUUCAUAAAUUGAUUCUCGCUCACAGUCGCGUCACUUUUCUUUCACACACAUCUCUCCAGAGCGGC